AUCAAAACCGCUCUACCAGAUAUGAGCAGAGAGAACAGGGAACAUUACCAAGUGGUUAUUCAGGCCAAAGAUAUGGGUGGCCAGAUGGGAGGAUUAUCUGGGACCACCACGGUGAACAUCACACUGACUGAUGUCAAUGACAAUCCGCCUAGAUUCCCACAGAGCAUCUAUCAGUUUGUCACCUCGGAAUCUGCUUCUAUUGGAACAGAGAUAGCACGAAUAAAAGCUCUUGAUGCAGAUGUGGGUAAAAAUGCAGAAAUUAAAUAUACUAUUACAGAUGGAGACGCCAAAGAUUUAUUUGAGAUCAUCACAGAUCAGAAUACACAGGAUGGAAUUAUAAUGGUUAAAAAGCCUUUGGAUUUUGAAAGUCAAAGACUGCACACUUUUCAAGUAGAAGCCACCAAUACAUAUGAAGAUCCACAAUUUACUCACCUUAUCUCAUUUAAAGAUACAGCUAUUGUGAAAGUACUGCUGAAAGAUAUUGAUGAGGCCCCUAUUUUUAGUAAACCUUUCUAUGUGUUUGAAGUGAAUGAAGACACCAAAGAAGGUAGCAUAAUUGGUCAUGUAACUGCUCAGGAUCCUGACUCAGCAAAGAACUCUGUAAAGUAUAGUAUUGACCGGAACACAGACGUGGAGAGAACAUUCAAUAUAUUCUCAGGAAAUGGUUCAUUAAUCUUAGCCAAAACUCUUGACCGGGAAAUGACAAUAUGGCAAAAUAUCUCAAUAGUGGCAACUGAAACAAAAAAUCCCAAACUCAACAGGAAUGUUCAAGUGUAUAUAAAAAUACUGGACAUUAAUGAUCAUGCUCCAGAAUUUUCAGAACGUUAUGAGACUUUUGUAUGUGAAAAUGCAAAACCAGGUCAGCUUGUGCAAACUAUAAGUGCUGUGGACAAAGAUGAACCUCCACGGGGACAUUCCUUUUUCUUUGAAAUAGUACCAGAAUUUUCCAUCAAUCCAAAUUUUACAGUUGUUGACAAUAAAGACAACACAGCAAGUAUAUUAACAAAAAGAAGCAGAUAUAAUCGAUAUAAAAUAAGCGCAUAUACACUGCCGAUCAUUAUUUUUGACAAUGACUAUCCAGUUCAGAGCAGUACUGAAACAUUGACUAUACAGGUAUGUGCCUGUGACAACAAAGGACAUGUACAGACAUGCAGUGCCGAGGCGUUCCUACUUCCAGCUGGACUGAGCACUGGUGCAUUAGUUGCAAUUUUACUUUGCAUCAUCAUACUUCUCGCAUUAGUGGUGCUUUUUGCAGCUCUUAAGCGACACAGAAAAAAAGAACCAUUAAUAAUUUCAAAGGAUGAUGUGCGAGAUAAUGUUGUGACCUAUAAUGAUGAAGGCGGAGGUGAAGAGGAUACACAAGCUUUUGAUAUUGGAGCACUAAGAAAUCCUGAAGCUAGAGAGGAAAAUAAACCGAGAAGAGAUAUCAUCCCUGAUACUAUAUUUCAUAUACGGAAAACAGUUCCUCUGUGGGAAAAUGUUGAUAUUCAAGAUUUUAUUCAAAGAAGAAUAAAUGAAAAUGAUGCAGAUACAACUGCUCCUCCAUAUGACUCACUAGCAACCUAUGCUUAUGAAGGUAAUGACUCCAUUGCUGAGUCGCUAAGCUCAUUGGAAUCCCUGGAGAUUGAUGAAAAUCAUGAUUAUCAAUAUCUUAAUGACUGGGGACCUCGAUUUAAAAAACUUGCAGCUAUGUAUGGUGGAGAUGAAAGUGACUGAUGAAAACUGUUCAAUUAUUUCCUUGUAAUGAUAAACUAUGUAGGUUUCUAUAAAUUACCCCCCACAUAGUUACUUAUUGUAGAUACAGUCAGAACUACAGUACUUCCCCACAAUGGCUAGUGAAGGAAUAAGAAGCUGGGACACAAGCUUAAUCUAAUGGAGUGUGCAUACAAGUAAUAAGAAUAUACUGAAAAAUAGUUUUGUGCCUUUACUGACAAUUUAAUUUUUUUUGCAUUAUCUCGUACACAAUGUAAAUAAAUAUAAAGUAGGCUUUGUUCACAUCUCUGAUGUGUACUUAAGUAGUCUGUUCUGGAAGAGGGCACUAUUGGAUCCUCAGAAGCUUUAAUAGGAUCUAGUAGGCUUCAUACAUAAAUACAGCAGCAUUUAUGUCAAAAACCCACUGUAUGCCAGAUUUCAUUAUAGUGAAUAGGGAUCUAGCAGUGCUCAGCGAUGUCUGGCUAUGCCAGAGACAGUGUACUUUGGGUUUCCUGCCAGAACAAACUACCAGAGUACACAAUGGAGAUAUGAA